AAUUACCAAAAAGUUUGUUCACCAGUUUGAUCAUUUCCCAUUUGAAUUUAUGAAGGCCGAUAAAUAAUUAUUAUUCUGCAAAAUUGAAUUCUUUAAUUACUCUAAAUACUAGUUAAGCUAAUCAGAGUGCAGAAAAUAAGUAAAAUAGUGUGUUUUGUAUAUUGUAUUUGUAAUAUUAUUUUUGUUCGGUGCGAGCGUUUGCCGACGCCUAUAGGCGCCUAGUAUGGAAAGCAAMGCAUUUGGUAGCAGCCAUUUGCCGUCACAAGCUUUAGUCGUACUUUCGGAGGCUGCUUCCGGUUUGCAUGAGGCUUUGAGGGGCCAACGGCCUUUCCCACCAAGAUUACCAGACGCCAAAGAUCUACACAAUAUGUCACUUGUCGGCAGUUACGGCACACACCUGCUGCACAGCUUCCAUCCGCACCUGCUACAGACGCUCAACCAUGGCAUGUUGGCGGCGAAUGGGGGGCCUGCGAGCUACUUUGCCAGUGACCGCGGACUCGGAAAACCAUCGGUAUUAUCGAAUUUUCAACUGCCGUCCGCGUUUUCACCACCCAAAUAUAUAGGCAUAUCACUGGAUCAGAAUCUCUUCAAUGGCAAUGAUUCAUUUCGCACAGACUCUACGAGUCCCACAUGCACUUCCCAUGAAUCGAUGGAAGGAUCAAACGAUUACGACAACGGUGAAAAGGGUGAAAGUCCGCGCAGCAACAACUCCGAUCCGAGGGAUUUAAGGCAUGUACACAACAACAAUGGCGGUGGCAGUAGCAGCAGUAGCAGUAGCGGGGGCAUGGUGGGCAUCAAAGCGUCAUCAGCAACUACAACAGCAACUUCCAUGGCGGCCGCCGCUGCUGCCGUAGCCGCCUCAGUGGCGUCAACCACAUCCUCUCCCGCGUCAGUAAGUCAUCUCGGCCAUCACCAUCAUCACACACAUCACCAUCACCAUCAUCCGAAUGGUGGUCUGUUGGCUGCGGCGAGUUUGGGCGGCAUGGGCGGUCUCGGUAUACCGGUAAGCUGUGCCGGUUUGCGUAGUGUGGCGAGUGGUCUCAGUGGCUUGACCACAGCCGGUGGAGUCGGUGUGGGCAUUGGCAGCAGUGGCAGUUCGAGUGGCAGCAAUAGUAGCGGCGGUCUGGCGAAUGCGCUCAGUCUGCCGCCGGGUCAUGUGCCAGAUAUUUGCCCAAUCUGUGGUAUCAAAAUUUCGGCCGAAGAAUGGAAUUCACACUUUCUGACCGAACUAGAUCGACUCUAUAAGUUGAGUUCGGGUAUGGAACGUACGAAUUUACAGGCAUCUUAUAUGUUUGCACCGCCAUGUCCGGCACAGGAGAACGCCAUACGUACCAGCCAUAAUCGGUGGGAGACUUUUCAGCGAAUACGCAAUAAUAGGCAAAAUCGUCUGAGAAUAAAGGGACGAAAACGAAAAUAUGGCAAUGAUUUAUAUUUCAUGGAAAAUCUCUUCUGCAAUUCCUGCCCAAUAUGCAAACGAAAAUAUGCGAUUGAAGCCGGAAAGAUUCCACCUGAGGAUGAUACCAAAAUGCAGGAAGAAAUCGAAACGGUCGACGUUGAGAGUUGUAAUGAUGAUGUUCCGGACUCGGGCUCCGAAUUGACGACGCACUCUCAACUGAGCGUGAAUAGCAUGAGCCACGGGCAUCACAGCAACAUUGUCAACACAACAUUGAGCAGCAAUAUGCAUAACAGCAAUAGCCAACCAGGAAAGCUGGAUGGCAUCUUAUAUAGAACGGCUUGUGUAAUUAAUAAGGACACGGCAAGUAGUGAGGAUGAUUUGAAUGCAACCAGCACCAGUGGCGGUAAUAUAACGCAAGCGUGGAAUCAGGCGCAGCAUCACUCAGCGCCCACCAUUACUGCACAACAAGGACAUAUCAGUGUGAAAAAUGUCAGUGAACUGUCAUCGACAACCCAUCACUUCUACAACGCGGACUCGUGUGGCGCCGUUGAUGAGCGCUCCAGCGGUGGCGCUGCGGCCGGCGGCAAUUGUAACGGCAAGGAUGUUACGAUGGAAACAUGCAAUGCCAACGACAGCGAUGAGGACGUCAUUGUCGAUGACGAUGAUUCUAUUAAAAUGACGAAUAUCUGCAGCGGAAAAAAACGAAAGUUCGAUGAAACGGUAGUUAGUAGCAGGACUUCGGAUAAUCACUCGCCGAUGGUCGAACAGGAGCGGCCACGUUCGGAGCCGCAAGUGACCAGUACUGAGCCAAACAUUGACAUUUCUAAUAAUAAUAACAACAACAACAAUUCCAAAUACAGCACCUUCGAGGAGCUGCGCGCUAAACAGCAACAACAAGUAGAGGCAGAUAAUGCGCACAGCAUGGGCAGUAUUGGUGGAGGGGGCGGCGGUGUUGGCAAUGGUGCUAGCGGUGGCAAUUGUGGCGCUCAUACAAAUUUAAUGGCAACGGCACACACGCAAAUGGACUUAAAGGUGGGAUUUAGUUCGGAUAAUAAACCGGACGAUGAAAACAAAUGUUUCAUUUGUAAGACAGGUAUAAAGGAUUUUGCCACGGAGUCCUUCUUCCGCGGACGGAAUUUAUAUUUUCAUCAGAGUUGUGCCAAUGUGAUGAGUAGCUAUAGGUUGAGUAAAGACUUGCAGCAGCAACAGCAGAAUCUAAUACACCAACAACAACAGCAACAACAGGAGGUACGCAAAUCGCCAUCGCCACAACAAUUGGUGAAUCUUUAAGAAUUUAUUCAACAAUCAUAACUCAUACAUAGUAUAAUAUAUACCGUUAUACAAAACACACACGGAAUUCGCUCGUAUAUUUGAAAAACUAAAUGUUAUUUGAACUGGAAAAUACUACUGGUGGGACGAAUAAUAAAACGCAAAAAAGUUCAUGCCAACAUUAGGGAUGUUCUUAUUUUAAAAUGGAUUUUUAAUUGGUAGUUAUAUUAUGGGGGUUAACUGGUUUGUAAAAAAAAAAUACAGAAAAUAUUCAUUUUUAACCGAGCUUACGAGCGUAAAUAAAAAAAAUCAAUACUUACUUAUAACAGAGAAUGUUAAAUUUAGACAGAGAAUGUAAUUUUUAGUUUUAGCUAUGCUGCAACACACUGAACAACAAUCAAUAUGUUCUAUCGGCAAAAAGGGGCCUCUUAGUUUACUAUUGCAAGACGCCCCAUUGAUUAUGAGGAAUGUAUGCACCAAGAUCCAUAAAGAACAUAUAAGGGCCAUAGACAGAACAUUAAAAGAUCUUAGAAACUCCUUUUAUUUCAUGGGAGGGAUAACUUUUGUAUUUGCCGAAGAUUUCCGACAGACUCUUCCUGUGAUUAACGGAGGUAUCCGAGAAGAUAUCAUCAAAGCAUGCUUAAUAUCUUCGCCCUUAUGGACUUCGAUUGAAAAUAUAAAAUUACGAACGAAUAUAAGAGCUUGGAAUCACUGAUGGUGAUUUUCCACAGCAACUGCUUAAACUUGGGGAAGUAAUUUUUACUACUCCAAUUUUAACAGUAAUUGUAAUAUUUUUCUGGAUGAUUUUUCUCUAGGCCAAAUAGUCCAUAGUUUAGGAGUUUUAAUGUAUAUAGUGUAUAUUAUUAGUAUACCCUGAUCUCCAGAAUUUGCAUGAGAAGGAAUUUCAUUGGUUGUGUUCUAAGGCAAUAGUGUCACCCAGGAAUGAUAGUGUCAACGAUAUAAACGAUCUAAUAUUCAAAAAGGUCCCUAAGAAAUAAAAAAAAACGGAACGAGUCUGCUUAUUAAGGAGUUGAAGAACAAUUUAAUCGUAGCAACCAUUAUCACCGGCGCAGCAGCUGGUCAACUAGCUCGUAUAGCGAGAAUUCCGAUGAUCCCAAGUGAUCUUUCAAUCCCAUUUAAACGGCUUCAAUUUCCGGUGAAAACAUAUUUCGCUCUAAUUAUAAACGAUUCCCAAGGCCAGACUUUCGAAUUAGUAGGGAUUAAAAAUUAAUGUUUUACUCAUGACCAACAGUAUGUUGGUCUAUCGCAGGCCGGAGGUCCGAGAAAUCAAUUUAUAUUGCUGCCUUAAAAUAAAUUAACAUUAAAUGUCGUUUACAGGGAAGCUCUGAUUCAAUAAGUAAUACAUAUAGUAAAUCAUUACAUCAUUUAACCAAUUUUUAAUGACGCCACGCAAAAACGAGAAAGUAUGUGUGGGAGAGUGUUUACAAAAUUAUAACUUUGAAGUGAUUGUUUAAUUCCCGUGUGAAGCCGUGGCGGCUGCUAGUACCAAAUAAAAGAAGCAUAGGCCAUUAGUUCCUUAUUAAAUCCUUUAAAAAUACCUCUUUAAUUUUAUCCUGUUUAAAUUUCGAACUAAAGGCCAAAACGAAAGCAUCGUUUAAUGAAUCAGUGCAGUAUCUAUAAGUUUUCUACAACUUUCGGUUAUUCUGACUUAGCGAUUCGAAGUCACAGAGGAGGUAAAUUUUAUAGGAGGGAACAUAUAACAGUGAAGAAUAUUUCGCAUUUUUUGGCUAGUUAGUGACCAUUAGCAGGUUUAAAAAUUCGUCUAUUCAUCCAUCUGUCCCUAUACACGCGAAGUACUCCCUCAAUCUUUCAGAUAUCGAUUUAAAAUGGAGUAAAUGCCCUUUUCUUUGCAAGAAAUUUCUCAUUUGUCCGAACCAAUGACAUCGGACUACUAUGGAAUGUAGCGUAAAACAGACCAAGACAUUGUAUGGAAAACUUUUGUAGUUGACAAGAUUUCUUCACGAAAUUUAGCUUAGCUCUUAGUCCAAGGCAGUGCUAUAAACGCAGAAUAUAUUGUUCAGUUCAAACUACUACUACCAUGCAAACUGUCCGAUCAAAAUCAAGAUAUCUAUUUUUAUGAUCUUUUAUGUUUUAAAAACAAUAUUUUACAGAGAGGAUUAUAGCUUUU